ACCUUCCACUGGCUUUGAAAGUUGUUAAACCUGAUAGAUAACUCCAUCCUUUCCAAAUGAUGGGGGCAGUGGAAUGCUCCACUCAAGCAGUAAGGAAGCAGCCGAGUGCUAACCAGCAUGCAUCUGAUUCAAACUGGUCUGAAUUAGCAAGCGUUUCUGCAGGUGACAGCUGCACAAGCUGCUUGAGGAAGGUUUCUCUUCUGCAGACAACCUGUACCUGCAAAACGAACAAACACCCUAAAGCCCUGUGCUUGAACAGAACGUAUCUGGAGCUCUGUUCUGGAAUGAAGAGAUGGCUGCCGCUUCUGCUGCUUUGCAGUUUGCUGGACUGAUCCUUGGAGGCAUUGGCGCAGUUGGGACUUUCGCCAUCACGGGCAUGCCCCAGUGGCGAGUGACUGCUUUCAUCGAAAGCAACGUGGUGGUUUUUGAAACCUCCUGGGAAGGCCUGUGGAUGAACUGCAUACAGCAAUCUAACAUCAGGCUGCAAUGCAAGGUCUACGACUCCCUCUUGGCUCUGCCUCCUGACCUCCAGGCUUCAAGAGGUCUGAUGUGCGCAGCUUCAGCCCUGGCGUUCCUUGCAUUUGCAGUCGCUGUCCUUGGCAUGAAGUGCACAAAGUGCACAGGAAAUGACGACCGAAUAAAAGGGUAUAUUUUGCUGGCAGGAGGCAUCACUUUCAUUGUGACUGGCAUCGUCGUGCUCAUCCCAGUGUGCUUCGUUGCCCACAACAUCAUCCGAGACUUCUACAAUCCAGCCAUUCAGCUGGCUCAGAAGCGGGAGCUUGGCGAAGCCCUCUACAUCGGCUGGACGUCUGCCUUCUGCCUCGUCGCCGGAGGAGCAAUUCUUUGCUGUUUCUGCCGUUGUGAAGAAAAAACCAGAAGCUAUCGAUACUCAGUGCCUUCACAACGUACAGCCUUCCAGAGCCAUCGUACGCCAAGAAGAGCUGAAAGUUCGUACACUAAAAGUCAGUAUGUUUAGUCUGCCUUUGGUUUACUGUCUUUCCAAGGGAAGUAUCCUUUCUGAUCAAACUUGGAUUCUAGAAGAAACUCUGCUAGUACAGCACACUGUGUACAAUGGAGCAAGAUCCAGGAAACUGUCUGUGACCUCUAAGACAAAGCAAGCUCUAGAACACAAGGGAACGUCUUCAGAUAUUUCAGAGCAGCACCAGAAAUUCGAACUGAAUAUUGUCCAAGGUUUUUGUAUUUUUUUUAUUAGCAUCUAUUAAGGGGAAUAUGUUUUCAUUCUAAUAGUGAUUUGAAAUUGCUUUGCAGUGUGUGUGUGUGGGGGGGGGGUAGGUUAUGUUACAGCAAAAAUUCUAACUUACUGAAGUCCACUAUGAUCAAUACUAUAUUAAUAUGCAAAAUAUAGCAGAGGCUCUUAUUGGGAGGUGAGGGGGAAAAUGAAGGGGGGAGGAACUUCUCUAAAUCUAUAUUUGAUUUUUUUUUAACCACAUAAAGUUUUUAUUGAAGUGUUGCUUAGCUGUGUAAAAAAAAAGAAGAGGAGUGAUGUGCAUGAAUUUUUUAAAAUUUCAAAGUUUUCAAAGUAUACAUUCUACAUUUCCUGAAAACAAUUUUUUUUGCCCAAUAGUACUAACUCUUCUUAGUAGUGAUAAAAGGUUGUGUGCUUUCUUUUCUUGUUUUUCAAUCUAACUAUAUUCUACCAUUAUUUUCCUGCACAUUAUUGUUUGUUCUGUGGCAAAAGAGUUUUAACACGUUUUAAUAAAAAUAUUUUAAACUUCA